AAACCCACGCCGCUCCAACACCACGAUACCCGCCCCGAAGCCUCGCUCCCCAUCUUUCCUCCCUCCGCUCGAGACGAAAUCCAGCGCAAGAGUCGCUGCGCCUUCAACAUGGGCAACACCACCAGCACCGUGCUGGACAACAUCGUCCAGGGCUCCAACUUUGACAGAGAAGAGGUCGACCGGUUAAGAAAACGAUUUAUGAAGCUCGACAAGGAUAACUCUGGCACGAUCGAGCGUGACGAAUUCCUCAGCCUUCCUCAGAUCUCCUCCAACCCGCUUGCGACACGCAUGAUUGCCAUUUUCGAUGAGGACGGCGGCGGCGACGUCGACUUCCAAGAGUUCGUCUCGGGCCUGAGCGCCUUCAGCAGCAAGGGCAACAAGGAGCAGAAGCUGCAGUUCGCCUUCAAGGUGUACGACAUUGACCGCGACGGCUACAUCAGCAACGGCGAGCUCUUCAUCGUCCUCAAGAUGAUGGUGGGCAGCAACCUCAAGGACCAGCAGCUGCAGCAGAUUGUCGACAAGACCAUCAUGGAGGCGGACCUCGACAAGGACGGCAAGAUUAGCUUUGAGGAGUUUACCAAGAUGGUGGAGAAUACCGACGUGAGCAUGAGCAUGACUCUUGACCAGUUCUAGUCAUCUACAGAGGAGCAGGAGGCAAGGGACGGCGUUGGUCUCGGGUAGGCCACCGCCACGACCGGCGGAGGUUUGUGGACAAUGGGAUACAGCAGUUAUGAUCAUGAAAUAUCUACGCUCGCAUUUCUUCU